CCUCUGGUGACAUUUUCUUGGGGCGGCGCGGACGACUGAAGGGACUUGGUGGUGAAGGCUGCGGAGGCGACGAGGUUCACUUCGGUCCCGGCGAGGACUCUGGCCGCGACCCUCUGCUCGCCACCGGGGCUUGUGCCGAGGAGGAGAAGGCGGAAGUGUCCGUCGCAUCCCGAGUCACCGCGGCCGGGACAGUCCCGGCCGGGGGUCGGUGCGUGCCCCGACGGGGCGCGCGGAGCGGGUGAGGAGGUUGCUUUCCUGUUGCUUCUUUGAUAUCGUUUCCUAGACCCUGCUCCAUGAUUUAAUUCAAAAUUCUGAAAUGAAGAUGGAGGAGGCAGUGGGAAAAGUUGAAGAACUCAUUGAGUCCGAAGUCCCACCAAAAACAUCUGAACAAGAGACAGCCAAGGAGGAAGAUGGCUCUGUAGAACUGGAACCUCAAGUUCAGAAAGAUGGUGUAGCGGAUUCUACAGUUCUUUCUUCAAUGCCCUGCCUGUUGAUGGAACUGAGAAGGGACUCUUCUGAGUCUCAGUUAGCAUCCACAGAGAGUGACAAGCCAACAACUGGCCGAGUUUAUGAGAGUGACUCCUCUAAUCACUGCAUGCUUUCCCCUUCCUCUAGUGGUCACCUGGCUGAUUCAGAUACGUUGUCUUCUGCAGAAGAGAAUGAACCCUCUCAGGCAGAAACCGCUGUAGAAGGAGACCCUUCAGGAGUGUCUGGUGCCACAGUUGGGCGCAAGUCUAGACGUUCCCGGUCUGAAAGUGAAACGUCUACUAUGGCUGCCAAGAAAAACCGGCAAUCCAGUGAUAAACAGAAUGGCCGAGUUGCCAAGGUUAAAGGUCAUCGGAGCCAAAAGCACAAGGAGAGGAUCAGACUACUGAGGCAGAAACGGGAGGCUGCUGCAAGGAAGAAAUACAACCUGCUGCAGGACAGUAGUACCAGUGAUAGUGACCUGACUUGUGACUCAAGCACGAGCUCGUCAGAUGAUGAUGAAGAGGUUUCAGGGAGCAGCAAGACAAUCACUGCAGAGAUACCAGAUGGACCUCCAGUUGUAGCUUAUUAUGAUAUGUCUGACACCAGCUCUGACCCAGAAGUGGUAAAUGUGGACAAUUUAUUGGCGGCUGCAGUAGUUCAAGAGCACAGUAAUUCUGUAGGCGGCCAGGACACAGGAGCUGCCUGGAGGACCAGCGGGCUUCUAGAGGAGCUGGAUGCGGAGGCAGGUCAUUUGGAUCCAGGAUUCCUGGCAAGUGACAAAACAUCUGCUGGCAAUGCACCACUCAAUGAAGAAAUUAAUAUUGCCUCUUCAGACAGUGAAGUAGAGAUUGUGGGAGUUCAGGAACAUGCAAGGUGUGUUCAUCCUCGAGGAGGUGUGAUUCAGAGUGUUUCUUCGUGGAAGCACGGUCCGGGCACGCAGUAUGUCAGCACUCGGCAAACACAGUCAUGGACUGCUGUGACUCCCCAGCAGACUUGGGCUUCCCCAGCAGAAGUUGUUGACCUUACCUUGGAUGAGGAUAGCAGACGUAAAUACCUACUGUAAUCCAAUGUCAUUGUGUUUCCUCUGCACUGUUCCCUUCUACUUCCUCCUCCUAUUUGUGACACGGAAGUUCAUUGUCAUAGCUUCAGCUUCAGAAGCUGUUUGUGGCAUUUGUAGAAUUGAAACUCAUGGAAAAUCCCAUCCCUCCCCCCCUUUGAAUUAAAAGAAGUCAUUUAGGAAGAUAACUUAACCACAGAGAAAAGAAUUUCUUUUCUUUUUUCCCGUAGUAGGAAUAUGAGAAUGAUGAAUUUUAUUAGACAACUUCAUUUUACUUGGUAACUUUUAACCUUAGAAAACUCCGUCUUCCUUUUAGAAUAAUAUUUUAAUUACCGGGUAAAAUGGAUUUUCAGUUUUUGAAUCUUAUAUUUAUUUUUCUGUAUAAUGAAAUUAAUAUCUAAACUUGACCACUAUCUGCCCACCCCAUUGGCACUCCCAUCUUAGGGCAUUCGCACACGUAUCAUUCAGGUCCUUAUUGGCACCUCGUAGGGCAUGUGCAUUUAAAAACCUGUCCUUAAAAAUAGAAGACAAAAAUAUUUAAAAGUAUUUUUUCUUUAGCUUUAUAAGUCUUCUGCCUUCUUUCGUUUGUUUUUGGUUGACUUCCCACAACACGAAUAAUUGACAUUUUCUGUUUAUAAAUACCACUGAGGUGACUUAGUUGGUCUCCUUGUUGCAAUAAUUCAUAACUCUUUGGAAAAUGUCUCCUUUGGGGUGGAGGCAUUUCGGAUAGAUACCCACCAUGAGGUUUUCUGGGCAUCUGAAGAGAGUACUGAGAGAUCAGUGGGGAAAUCUUUCUCCCUCAACUUUUGUUCUCAAAUAACAGGAGAACAUAGAAACCUGUUACCUAGGAAGAAUAUGGAAAGUUGUGUGGCUUCUAAGGCUAUAGGCACUUGCAAAUGAGAGAAAAAUGCCUUCUUUCAUAGCUGGUCUCUCUAUAAAAGGUGUAUAACAACUGAUUUUAACACUUGAGCUGAAGUGAACCUCAUGCUAUAUUUGGGUAUUUUUCUCCUCUACCUUCUAAAAAAUAAUUACUAUAAUAAAAACAAAAAUAUACCAUAAGCAAUCAGAUGCAAAGCACAUAAAUGGCAUUGUAAGUUUUACAGUAUCUAAAAGGAAUAGCAAAGGGUAGUAGGAGCUUCAGGGAAUUCAAGAAAUGCCAGCAUUGGAGUUUUGUGGCAUUAGUUACUACCUUUUUUCCUUUAACACGUUGUAGUUACUAGUGAAUUAUUUUAAAAGCAAUACCUAGAGUUAGAACACUAUGUAUUGUGCACAGGGGGGAGUGAAGUAAUUUUGGCUUAGAAGACCUCACCUUUUGUUUGCUUUUUCUGUUUUUGUUUCCAUUGUUACUGUUGCUAUGGCCCUUGCCUCCCUCUCCAAAUGCCUUGGUGGCUCUUCCUUAUAAAAAUAUGAGAACUACCAUUGGCAGUUUCCAUUCAGCAACCACACAUUUACCAAGUGCCUGCUCUGCAUAAGGCACUGUGAGGGGUAGGUGCUGUGGGGGCUGCUGAGAUGAAUGGGACACACCCUGCAUGUACAUGCAUCAGAGUCUGCCUGGCUCCACCAUUCUGGCUUUUGGCCUUUUCAUUUCUUUUCCUUUCCUUUUUUUUUUUUGUAAAGACAAGUUUAUUCCUUUUCCCUUCCUGUUAAUUCUCCUGUAUACCCUUUCUAUGGCAGUGUAUUUGACCAUGUGUUCUUUGAUCUUCUCUGACAGCAUCUCAUUUGAUCUGGCCUCUGUUCUUCAUCAACUUUUUAUUUUUCCUCCAGUCUACUUUUAUUAGAUCAGGCUUUUAAGAUCAUGAACCUCCAGCUUUAGCACCUCAUAUAUCAAUAUCUCACAUGGCCACAAUUCUAGUCAAAAACCAAAGACCCAGAGGCCAGAGCGAAAUAGGACCUUCUGCAGAUUCUCUACUGGUGUAUCCUUGGACCCUCACGUUUUACUUUAGGAUUAAUUUAUUGAAUUUUACUGUUACACAUCGUUUUUGACUUGAAUUAAAAUCCUAGACAAAGCAGAAAUGUACAAUUUCUGGUCUGUGUUUUCCAGGAAUAUCAUUGGGAAAAGAAUAGAGUGGAUUAUAUGACUUGAAGUUUUUACAGCUUAUUCCCCACCCCCUCCCAUACCCCCAGUAUCAGGAUAGAGUCCCAUUUUAAAGAAUGUUUUUGCAUUACCUAUUUUUAUGUUAACAGUAUGCUUUUCCCAAUUCCGUACAGCAGGUGAUUUCCCAUGACAUAUUUUCUGUAGUCCCUAACAGUCAUCCUCUAAAGAGAGGACUUUUGUGGUGUGCUGUUGUGCACUGUGGAUUGGGAGCAGAGAGUAGAAUUGUAACCAAGCUCUUUUUUGGCCCUUUGCAUUUAUAUCAGGUUGCACUUUCCCCUCACUGGUUCCUAUUCCAGCUCCCUAACUACCUGACUUGAUGCACCAGAACAGAAAUUUAGAUAUUAAGAUGCAAAAAGGGGAGGAAGAGGAAUGGUAGAGACAGUCAACUCUUUUUCCUACUAGGUUGGGGGCUUUACCACCUAAUAACUAACUAGAGAGAGACUGUGUUUCAACUCUUCUUUCACUGCUCUGUCCAGAAGAAUGGGUAUAUGAUUUUAGGCAAGAUAUUAAUGAUAAAAUUCUGUGAUAUAUAACUUAUGUAACAUGAAAUUUCUUUUAAAGGGAUUUUUUUUUUUAAAACCAAAGUUUUGCAUUUGGUAGCAUAAGUAGUACUUCAUGCUUCACAGGACAUUGUUCAAAGUAAUAUCUCUGUUAAAAUGGUACAAGUGGGUCACAGAUUGGUUUAUGCCACUGAGGUUAAGUUUCCCUCCCCUCCAAUUUGAAAAAAAUUAGAAGCAAUGACCUAGCUAUUGCAUCAGCAUGACUGCCCUGUAACUUAUAAUUGCUGCUCUUCAGUAAUUGUCCUUCAUUUUGAUGGUAGGGGCCAGACUGAAUGGACUCCAUUAUUCUUUAUAAUCGAGCAUCCCAUGAACUCUGCUUUUAUUGUUAUUAAUUGUGAAUAUGAACCAUCUGAUUUGCUAAUCUAGUCAUUUGUUCAUCAUUACUUUUAGCAGGUUAGUACCAUAGGUAACUUAAACUCAUUGCCUACUUUUUAUACUGUCACAAGGUGUUUGAAAAAGCUGGGGACACAAUUUUGUCUUUUAGUUUUAAACUUUUUUUUAAAGGCAAAGAGCCCCUAACCCCUGUUCUCCAAUAUGUGUAUGAUGUGACUUCCAUGUAUAUAUAAAAAUGAUUGUGCCCUAACCAAACUUCCUCAGAUUGUGCACUGUUUAAAAUAAUCACGUAUUUUAGUCCAAUGCUGUUGUAUUUUUUCAUUUUAUUUAAAACACUACUUAUUCUUUUAACAAAUUUUAAAGGGUAGUGAUCUUAAAAAAAAAUCACUGGAUAACUAGGAAAUAUUUUUGUUGUUGUUUUGUUUUUUAAAGAGUACGAAGGUCAUUGAAGCCUUUUGCUCCUCUUACCGUGAAAAUGAAAUGUUAGCCAUUGUAUGGCUAGGAACCAAUGCACUUGGCGGUUAACAGAUACGCUGUUGCAGGAGUGUGAGUGUGGACUUGACGCAGUGACGACAAAUCAUUGCUUAGAAUUAAUGUUUUCAAAUGUGCAACUCUAGUUUUUAAAACAAGAUUUGGUUCUUUACAUUCAUUAUUUAGUUUUUGUUUCCAUUUAGUAUUUAAUGGUCUUUGGAGAAAAAAAUAAUAAAACAGAGUGUUAUAUAUAUUUUUUGGUGCAAGAUAAGAUUUUCUGUUUUUUGAAAUAAGUCUGUAGCAUAAAGGUUAAACUAUUUUAAGACAAAAUAAAAUAGAGUGUAUUUAAACAA